GAAUUAUUCAAAACCAACUUCCCAAACCCAACAACAAAAACAAAAAAACCCGUUUGCUUCACCGCGUUCAGUUUACCUUUUCCAAUUCCAACACUCGUCUCCUCUCAACUGUAAAGCAAAUUAAAAAAAAAAAAAAAAACCUCAUACAUCAUUCAUUCUUCAUACUAAAGCAAGCAUCAUUCCGAAAAAAAACCCAAAUAAUCCAAUCAACAAACCCACCGAUCAUCAAUUCAAUUAUGCCAAUUGAGAACAGCCUAUCCGACCCGUUUAACCAACCGGGUCUGGAUCUAACCGACUCGGAGCUCCGAGAAACCGCGUACGAGAUCUUCGUCGGCGCCUGCCGGAGCUCGGGCGGAGGCAGGCCGUUGACCUACGUGUCUCAGUCGUCGGGUAGGUCGUCUGACAAAACGUCGGCGUUGCCGUCGUUGCAGAGGUCGUUGACUUUGACCACUGCGAGUAAGGUGAAAAAGGCGUUGGGUAUGAAGGUUAAGAAGAAGAAGGAGAAGGAGUCCAAUGGGCCGGAGUUGAAUGGGCCGGCGACUGUGGGGGAGUUGAUGAGGGUCCAGAUGAGGAUCCCGGAGUUUGUUGAUUCUAGGGUGAGGCGUGCCUUGUUGAGGAUUGCUGCUGCUCAGCUUGGCAGGCGAAUCGAGUCGGUCGUUCUACCCGUAGAAUUUUUACAGCAACUUAAAUCUUCUGAUUUCCAAACACAACGAGAAUACGAGAUAUGGCAGAAAAGAAACUUGAAAGUACUCGAGGCCGGGCUGUUACUCCAUCCUAAACUACCUCUUGACAGAAAAGACCCGGCAGCUCAACAACUCCGGCAGUUCAUCCGUGGGGCCCGCGAAAAGCCUAUUGAGACCGGAAGACACAGUGAAGCGGUUCAAACUCUACGGAAAGUUACAAUGCAGCUUGCUUGUCGGUCAGUUGACGAUUAUGCCCCUGACACGUGUCACUGGGCAGAUGGGACCCCUUUGAAUCUUCGGCUCUACCAAGUUCUUCUCGAAGCUCUUUUUGACGUUGAAGAGCCAACGUCCAUGAUUGAAGAGGUCGAUGAGGUGUUGGAGCUCAUAAAAAAGACGUGGGGCAUUUUGGGAAUCGACCAGCGGUUCCAUAAUCUUUGUUUUUCGUGGGUUUUAUUUAACCAUUAUGUAUCCACGGGUCAAGUUGAGAAUGAUUUUCUUUUUGCUGCGGAUAACUUAUUGCUAGAAGUUAAAAAGGACGCAAAGUCAACUUUGGAUUCCGGAUAUUCCAAGGUUUUGUGUUUGACGAUGAACUCGAUGUUGGAAUGGGCCGAAAGAGGGCUUUUAGCUUACCAUGAGUCGUUUUACAGGGGUAAUAUUGACUUAAUGCAAAGUAUUCUCUCUCUUGGUUUGACUGCAGCCGUUAUAUUGGCCGAAGAAAAUCCUCACGAGAAUGGUAGAAGGAAGAUCGAUGAUGUUGCAAAUACCAACGUUGACAUUUAUAUCAGGUCAUCGAUGCGCAAGGCUUUUAGUCAGGAGAGUGAGAAAGUCCGCAUAAACCGGAAGUCAGCGAAAAGUCAACUAAACCAUCUUCCAGCACUAUGUAUGCUUGCGCAAGAUGUUACCGACUUGGCAUUUACCGAAAAGGAGAUUUACAGUCCAAUAUUACAAAAAUGGCAUCCUCUUGCGGUUGGUGUAGCGGUAGCAACUCUACAUUCUUGUUUUGGACAAGAGGUACAGAAGUUUGUUUCAGGGAUCAAAGAGUUGACUCCUGAUGUCAUACAAGUGUUGAUAGCAGCCGAUAAGUUGGAAAAAGAUUUGGUACAGAUGGCAGUGGAAGACUCGGUCAACAGUGAUGAUGGUGGAAAGUCGAUAAUUCAAGAGAUGACUCCUUAUGAAGCUGAAGCCGUGAUAGUAGAUUUGGUCAAAUCUUGGAUAAAGAUUCGAGUUGGUAGACUUGAAGAAUGGGUUGAUCGAAAUUUGCAGCAAGAGGUGUGGAACCCGAAAGCAAACAGAGAACGGUUUGCUCCUUCGGCGGUGGAGGUUCUAAGAACUAUUGAUGAAACUAUGGAAGCAUUCUUUUUGUUGCCAAUACCAAUGCAUCCUGAUUUACUUCCCGAAUUAAUGAGCAGUCUUGAUACAUGCCUUCGAGAUUACAUAUUAAAGGCAAAAGCCGGUUGUGGAUCUAGAAGUUCAUUCCUUCCAAUAUUGCCGCCUUUGACCCGAUGUAAAGGCGGGUCAAAACUCAACGGUGUAUUCAAGAAAAGAGACCGGUCACAAAUGCUUCAAAGGAGGAAAUCUCAACUGAACACCAUAGACGACAACGAUCCCUAUGAUAUACCACAGUUGUGUGUUCGCGCCAAUACUUUUCAUCACAUCAGAAAAGAUUUAGAACAAUUAGAAAAAAGGACGGUUGCCCACUUAAAAAGUAUCGGGAUUCGUGACGGUAUUAUAAACAGCUCAAGAAAAAACUUCGAGUUAUCUUUGGCUUCUUGUGUAGAAGCGAUUCAACAAGUAUGUGAGGCGGCUGCGUAUAAAAUCAUAUUUGAAGAGUUAAAGCAUGUAUUUUGGGACAAUUUAUACGUAGGAGACACUUCAUCUUCAAGAAUUGAGCCUUUUCUGCAAGAGCUAGAACAGAAUCUUGAAGUUGUAGCAGUAACGGUACAAGAUAACACAGUUCGAACGCGUUUGAUCACAAACAUAAUGAGAGCUUCAUUCGAAGGUUUUUCGUUGGUUUUGCUUGCUGGAGGGCCUUCUCGUAAUUUCACUCUAGAAGACUCAUCAAUUAUACAAGAAGAUUUUCGGUUUCUUAUGGAUUUGUUUUGGUCAAAUGGUGAUGGAUUACCUCGCGAAUUGAUAGAAAAACAUUCAGUCACUGUCAAAGGUGUGCUACCCCUUUUCUCCAUUGAUACUUGCAGCCUUAUUGAGCAAUUUAAAUCCAUAAUGUUGACUGAUGGUCAUGGUUCAUCCACCAAAUCAAGACUUCCUUUGCCUUCAACACCUGACCAGUGGGGCCCGAACGAACCAAACACGAUCUUGAGAGUGUUGUGUCAUCGUAACGACAAGGCAGCUACUACCUUCCUUAAGAAAAAUUACAAUCUGCCAAAGAAGCUUUGAGAUUAAUUGUGUUUAUGGUUAUAAGUUAUAACAUAAGUGUGUACAGAAUAUGAUCAAGUUCAUGACAUGGAGCGUUCUUCAAUGGUCCAUCCGAGAAUAGUGCCGAGUGGUUUUCGGGUUUAUUUAUUUUUGAUAAUUUUUUUGGUGCUUUUUUUCUGGAUUGGGUAUGUGAAGUGUUUGGGGUGAACCUAUGCGUAACUUUUUGCUAAUAUGUAUAGAAAUGAAAGGAAUAUAGUGAAUUUGUUUUUCUAAAGACACAUUUGAAGUUAUUUGAUCAUUAAUGAUUGAUGGUAAUUAUGCCUUUA